AUGAUCCUGCCCUGCGCAUUGGUCCUCGCUCUCCUGGCUGCCGGCCACGCAGCCAAUCCUUGCUGCUCAAACCCAUGUCAGAACAGAGGAGUAUGCAUGACAACAGGAUUUGACCAGUAUGAAUGUGACUGCACAAGGACAGGAUAUUAUGGGGAAAAUUGUACAACACCGGAAUUCUUCACGUGGCUGAAACUAACAUUGAAACCUACGCCAAAUACUGUCCACUACAUUCUCACCCACUUCAAAGGAGUCUGGAACAUCAUCAACAACAUCCCCUUCUUAAGAGAUACUAUUAUGAGAUACGUCUUGACGUCAAGAUCACAUUUGAUUGACAGCCCACCAACUUACAAUAGUGACUAUAAUUACAAAAACUGGGAAGCUUAUUCCAAUCUUUCCUAUUACACAAGAAGCCUUCCCCCAGUAGGACGUGACUGUCCGACACCAAUGGGUGUUAAAGGUAAGAAAGAGCUCCCAGAUUCAAAGCUAAUUGUGGAGAAGUUUUUGCUGCGGAAAAAAUUUAUUCCUGACCCACAAGGCACAAAUGUGAUGUUCACAUUCUUUGCCCAACACUUUACUCAUCAGUUCUUUAAGACAGACCACAAGAAAGGACCUGGUUUCACUAAAGCUCUUGGCCAUGGGGUUGACUUGAAUCACAUUUAUGGAGAGACUCUGGAGAGACAGCUUAAACUGAGACUUCUCAAGGAUGGAAAGCUAAAAUACCAGAUGAUCGAUGGGGAAAUGUAUCCACCCACAGUGAAGGACACUCAGGCAGAGAUGAUCUACCCUCCUCAUGUUCCUGAACACUUGCAGUUUUCUGUCGGGCAGGAGGUGUUUGGUUUGGUCCCAGGUUUAAUGAUGUAUGCUACAAUAUGGCUGAGAGAGCACAAUCGGGUCUGUGACAUCCUGAAACAGGAGCAUCCAGAGUGGGAUGAUGAGCAGUUAUUCCAAACUACUAGACUCAUAUUGAUAGGAGAGACAAUCAAGAUUGUUAUUGAAGAUUACGUGCAACACUUGAGUGGCUACCACUUCAAACUCAAGUUCGAUCCUGAGCUUCUGUUCAACCAGCGAUUCCAAUACCAGAACCGAAUUGCAGCUGAAUUCAAUACCCUCUAUCACUGGCACCCACUUCUGCCUGACACUUUUCAAAUACAUGACCAGGAGUACACUUUCCAGCAGUUCCUCUACAACAACUCCAUAAUGCUGGAACACGGCCUUUCCCAUAUGGUGAAAUCUUUCUCCAAGCAAAGUGCUGGCAGGGUUGCUGGUGGAAAAAAUGUUCCUGCUGCAGUACAGAAAGUAGCAAAGGCUUCAAUUGACCAAAGCAGACAAAUGAGAUACCAGUCCUUGAAUGAGUACAGGAAACGCUUCAUGUUGAAACCAUUUAAAUCAUUUGAAGAACUUACAGGAGAAAAAGAAAUGGCUGCUGAACUGGAAGAACUUUAUGGAGACAUAGAUGCUAUGGAGCUGUAUCCAGGCCUCCUUGUAGAAAAGCCACGACCAGGUGCCAUCUUUGGCGAAACAAUGGUAGAAAUCGGCGCACCAUUCUCUCUGAAAGGACUGAUGGGAAACGCUAUCUGUUCCCCAGAGUACUGGAAGCCCAGCACAUUUGGUGGAAAAGUGGGAUUUGAAAUAAUCAAUACUGCCUCCUUACAGAAGCUCAUCUGCAACAACGUGAAAGGCUGUCCUUUCACUGCUUUCCAUGUCUUAAAUCCUGAACCCACGGAGGCAACUAUUAAUGUUAGUACCUCAAACACAGCAAUGGAAGAUAUCAACCCCACACUACUACUGAAAGAGCGAUCUGCUGAGUUAUAAAAUAUUCAUCUAUUUAUUUAUUUAUAUAAAUUAUUUUAUUUAUAGCUUAAAGUUAAAAAAAAAAAAAAACUUUUGCAUCUUCACUUUGGGGGUUGCCCUAGAUUCCUUACUCAGGUAAGGCUUCCACUUACAAAAGGGAUUUUCUGUGUUUCACCUCUACAGGAGUGAAUCCCUUGUUUAAAAUCUUCUGUAACAGAACUACGUAUUCCAAAGUGGAUGAAGGUUCCAAUUUUUAUUUUGUGUUUUGUAUUUAUUUUAAUACUUGAUAACAGGUAUUGGGUUUUGUCUUCUGUAGGUCACAGAACACUACAAAAGCAAGUUGUUGCUUAAGCUUGAAAAAUGGUCAUCAAACUAAAAAUACAAGAAAAUUAGACUUAAUGAAAACUGCCAGAAAAGAUUCUGAAUUCCAUAUGAGCACUCCUAAACUAACAAAUACAUGUUUAUAAGACUUCCAUAUUUUUGUGAAGUCAGAAAGUGCAUUGCAUUUAUCAAUGAUGCUACCUCUCCCUCAUUGCAAAUAAGGCACUUUGCACAGUAACUUACAUGUUUGUGGGUGUUUUUUGUUGUUGUUGUUGAUUUUUUUUUUUCUUUUUGGAAAUCUGUCCUUGCUUAGGGCAUUAGGGCAUUAUACUUUUUUUUCAUGUUUUUUUUUUUUUAAUUUAAUUAUUUAAAGAAAAUAGAACUAGUCUGAGAUGCUUCUUGUUUUUGAAGCAUAUAUCACAGAAGUAUUUGUGUAAGAAGAUGAUAGUUAUCAUACUAGGCUUAGAAAUGACUGUCAGGCUGGAAUGCAAGGCUGCUUAGCAGCAGCCAAUGCAUUUUAUUUUGCAAGAAGGUCUUAAACUUAGUCCAAAGUAUUAGUUUUUUGUUUUGGAUUGGUUUUUAUUUUUUUUUCAUAGCUGUAGUUCUCUGAUCUACUUGAUAAUAUAAAUUUUAAUCUGUCACUUUAAGGACAAAUGGACAGUACAGUUUUAGUUAAGAACAUGACUAUAGUAUGGGUUUGUGUACCCAAAUUGAGAUUAUUGGGGAAUAAUAAAAACUGGGAAGCUAUGUAAACAUAUGCAGCAUUGAUUGAGCAAAAUGUCAAGGCAACAAGACUUUGUUAGCUUAGGUGUUAUACACACAAUCCAUAGUCAUGAAUUAAAGCUCUAUUUAUUCGACUGGGGGGGAUGCUAAUGUUUUAUUUAUAGAUUAUAAACAGAGGCAUUUUAAAUGAGUGGCUUAAGCUUAACAAAAACUGGCUAGUUAGCACAAAAUGUCCUAAACAUGUGUCCUGAUCCAGCACUAAAAUUUCUAGCCUCAUAUGGGCACAUAAAAAGUUACACAGGAUCUUGUACCAGCACUUAAACCUUUGCAUAUAAGGGUAUCUUUUUUUAAUUUCUAGAGAGGAAAUAUAGAAGAUGAUCUUCCCAUAAAAACAGCUGGGGAACUAUAGGUAAAAAGAAUGUCACUUCAGACUGGAGUAGAGCAGCAACCUGGUAUUCUGUGCCCCCACACAAAAUUCCUUGACUACUUGUGGAAAAGGACUUGAGUUUAUGUUACAUCUGAAUCUCUCAAACAUUUGUAGAGGCUUGUGUUGUAAUGGCUAUGGUAGUAGAAUAGCUUGACUUGUGACUUCUUUGUUUCUAUGGAUUUGUUUGAAAACACUCAUUACCUUCUGCAGAGUAAAUUUGUAGCCAUUAGUGCAAUUAGCUGACUCCAGAUCUCCUAUAGCAAUCAAUACCAGUGACUGAUUUGAGAUGGUCUUGGUAUAAAUGCUUCAGGAGAAGGAAGGGCAUUUUGUUUUGUUUCUCUAUCUGAGGCACAAAGAAGGGAGAAACUUCAAAAACCUUGUACAAAAAUGUGCUCAGGACUGUAUAUUCUAGUAAGAGAAAACUAUUUGGUCAUUGGCUAAACAUGUAGUUGUCAUUCAGAUUUUAUUUGGAACACGUCAGAGCACCUUUCUACCAUUAACAAAGAAAACAGCUUGGCUUAAAGUCAAAGAGGGACAAGUCUGGACAGAUUUAGUUAUUUUGGGGUAGGUAAAAAGGAAUUUAUGAGAAAAACUUUAUGUCAGCUGAGUUGCUAUAAGCUGCUUUGGAACGGAAUCAUGUUCACCGUGCAUUUUGUACUCUGAAGCCACAUUUCACUUGUCUGUGACCCAGCCUGCUGGGUUUGGCUGGGUUCAAGUUGCACAUGAUAAAUAUGUGUUUGAAAUUAUUUAUUUAAAAUUGUGUGAAUUAUUUUUCACUUUAUUUUUGUAGGACAAGAAUGUUUUUAAAAUGCAAUUGCUUAUAUAAAUAAAUUGAAAACAUUACCUCA